GGCUGGGGUCGCAGUCCGUCGUGGCCUUGGGCAGUGUCUGAACGUUCCUGUUCCUGCCCCGCCACCUUCCCUCCUUUGGUUCCCAAGAUGCCGAUGUAUCAGGUAAAGCCCUAUCACGGGGGCAGCGAAUCUCUCCAGGUAGAGCUUCCCUCCUGCAUGUACCGGCUCCCCAAAGUGCACGGCAGGACCAGCUGCCCCGUGCGGGACGUGGGCCACGUGCAGGAGUCGUCUGACCCAUCUCUUCAAGCUCUUGAGUCCCGCCAGGAUGAUAUUUUAAAACGUCUGUAUGAAUUGAAAGCUGCCGUUGAUGGUCUCUCCAAGAUGAUUCAGACGCCAGAUGCGGACUUGGACGUAACCAACAUCAUCCAAGCUGCCGAGCCCACUGCUUUAUCGACCAAUGCUCUGGACUUAAAUUCAGUGCUUGGAAAGGAUUACGGGGCACUGAAAGACAUCGUCAUCAAUGCGAACCCUGCCUCCCCUCCCCUCUCCCUGCUCGUGCUGCACCAGCUGCUCUGUGACCACUACAGGGUCCUGUCCACCGUGCACACGCAUUCUGCAGUCAAGAGCGUGCCAGAAAACCUUCUCAGGUGCUUUGGAGAGCAGACUAAAAAGCAGCCCCGUCAUGAGUAUCAGCUGGGUUUUACUCUCAUUUGGAAGAACGUGCCAAAGACUCAAAUGAAAUUCAGUGUCCAAACGAUGUGUCCCAUUGAAGGAGAAGGGAACAUUGCACGGUUCUUGUUCUCUCUGUUUGGCCAGAAGCAUAAUGCUGUAAAUUUAACCCUCAUAGAUAGCUGGGUAGAUAUUGCUAUUCUUCAGCUCAAAGAGGGAGGCAGUAAAGAAAAAGCCGCUGUGUUCCGCUCCAUGAACUCUGCUCUUGGGAAGAGCCCCUGGCUCGUGGGGAAUGAACUCACUGUGGCUGACGUCGUGCUCUGGUCUGUGCUCCAGCAGACAGGAGGCUGCAGCGAGCCAGCGCCAGCCAACGUGCAGAAGUGGAUGAGGGCCUGUGAAAACCUGGCCCCUUUCAACACUGCCCUCAGGCUCCUUAAGUGAAUUUCAGUAACUGAUUUUUAAAGGGUUUAGGUUUUAAGAGUGGUGCUGCUGUUUCAUGCCUGUUGUUGGUAAAGAACUCAUACUAAAAUCAAAGUCUUUAUUUAGGCCAGUUGUCAACUAUCAAUAAAAGCAUCAUAUAAUU